AUGGACAAAGUACAAUUCCAACUGGAAGCUACUCUACCCGAGUUGAAAGACUUGUAUGAGAAAGGGCUAUUCACCAAGAGCGAGAUCAACCAAAUAACCAAAAAACGAACCGCCUUCGAAACGUCUUUAGUCCGACGGGUGACACGUAAAGAGGAUUUCUUCAAAUAUGCAGAGUACGAGAUCAACCUCGAGAGAUUGAGAAAAGUGCGAUAUAAGAAAUUGAACUACCAUCUUAACCCCCCGCCACCUUCUGCUUCCUCUUUCUCACUGCCUCGAAGAGCGCUUUACAUCCUCAAGAGAGCUACAGCGAAAUUCCCUGGUGAUCUGGCAACAUGGUUAGCUUAUGUGGAGUUUGCAAGUAGAGAGGGAAUGAGGAAGGUCGUAGGCAAAGGGUUGAACAGUGCAUUACAACAUCAUCCUACCUCUUCAACCCUCUAUCUCCUACAGACAUACUACCAUCUUCAUCCAGGCUCACCGUUCCCUCGAGAAUCCAUACCAUCCACAUCGAAACUCGACUUGCCAUCCGCUUCAUCAUCCACUACUCAUGCACCGGGAUUCGCCAUAGAAGGGAUAGACCCUGCUCGUACUACUUUACUCCUCGGUUUGAGACUAUUACCUCAAUCAAGGGAUUUAUGGAGGGAAUAUGUGAAACUUGAACUAGGUUGGGUAGAAGCAUUACGUAGGAGAUGGAAAGUGUUAGGUAUCAAAGAUCAAGAUCAAAAUACCCCCUCACAGGAUGAAGACACUGAGAUAGAUCAGGAUGCUCUGAGAGGCGGAGAAGGAGCGUUCGGAUUAGAAGGUGAAGAAGCUAGAAAAUCAAUCUUAGCUGGAGAGUUGGUCAUUCAAGCUUUAUCGUCUGCACUUGAAUCUAUACCUGCUACAUUUGCCUCUACCGAACAAGAGAAAUUGGAUGGUAUGGGAUUUAGAGAAAAUCUUAUUCAGCUAUUUAGGAGCUAUCCUUCACCGUUACGAAUCAAAUGUCUUAAAGUGCUUUACGAGGAUUUACAGAGGAUAUGCGAACAAGAAGACGACACGAGGAUGGCUGCUAAAGCGAGAUUAUUAUUGUUGAUCAAAAGUUUAUAUGACAGGGAAUACAACCCUGAAGACGAAACUGUGAAAGAAGGCGAGUCUGUACUAGAGGGAGUGAAGUUGGUCGAGGAACUAGGAAGAAUCGGUAAAGAAAUCAGGAAAACAAUCAAGGUGAAAGGGCAGCAUAGGGAAUGGAUAGAAGUAGUGGGAUUGUGGUUGAUCGAACAAAUAGGCAAAUUGUAUGAGAACCUUGAAUUGCGAGAAUAUCUCUUCUCAAUCUUAUCCUCUCUCACCAAACCAUCUUUGCAUCCUCCCUCAUCACUACUUAUCGCACAUCUCUCACAACUCUCUUCCUCGCCGGAUUUGGUUAUUGCCCGAUCAUACGCUACUAUAUAUCCUUCGAAUCCUUCCAUUCAACUACACAGACUUACAGCUGAAGUACGACUUUCUACCGAUACGAAGGGACUUUGUAAGACAUGUGAAGAGGUUGUUAGAGCCGUUACGAAGUCUGGUGUAUCCGAAGAAGAAAGAGAAGAUGUCAUAUCAAUAUGGAAAUUAUGGAUAGACAACGAAUUACAGAAUUCUGACGGCCAUAUGGACGAUAGGUGGAAAGUGAUUUUGAGAGAAUCGAUGAAAUUGGGUGUACAUGUACCGGAGUUGCAUGGGGAUGUCCUCGGAUACUUCAUUAUCAACACUCUAAAGUCUGGCGAGAAUGUGAAUGGAAUAUUAAACAAUAUCAAACCGUAUCAACCGACAUUUAAUACAUUCAACCUAGUUUUCACCUCAUUGCAAGCCAACAACGUUCAACCUGAUGAUUUAAAGAAGAUAUACAAUGCUUGGAGGGGAGUCUGCAAGACACCGUAUGAGAAAGCUCAGGCUGCCUUGGCCUACGCUCAAGUACUGUUAGGCAUCAAAGGGAAAGGGAAAGAAGCGUACGAUAUCAUUGAGAUUACCAAAAGGGAAGUCAGGGUGGAUGAAGGUGUGGAAAAGUACUUGGAAGCUGAAUGGAAAGCUUUGCUGGAUGCUGAGGCUGAGUCUGAGGGAGAAAGUGGGGAUGAAGAUGAAGAGAUGAGUGAAGAGUGA